CGCUAAAAGUGGCGGGAAAAGCCUGCGCUGAUGUGCGCGAGCCUGUCAUAGAAAGAUUAACUGAAUUGAGCUAAAAUGGCCAAAAUCUGCUUCGCUAUGACUGGAAUUCAUGUUUUAACCGGGAUUAUCGCCUUUCUGCUCGUGUUAAACCGUGUUUACGGCACAUUUGAGGCAGAUAAUGAAGAAAGCUAUAGUCAGUACUAUAAUUAUACCGCGCUGACCCGGCGGCUCUGGCGUUUGGUUGAACAGUUCCCGCACAUUUGCAGCCUGUCGAGCGCGGGGCGGUCGGUGGAGAGCCGCGAGCUGUGGGUGUUGAGGGUCACGGCUCAGCCCGUUACUAGCUUUAAUAUCCCGGGCAGACCUCGCGUUAAAUACGUGGGGAACAUGCACGGAGACGAGACGGUCUCCAGGCAGGUGCUUGUUUACCUGGCUGAGUAUCUCCUGACUCGGUACGGAGCUGAGCCGCGGGUGACCGAGCUCGUGGACAGCACGGAUAUUUAUAUCAUGCCCAGUAUGAACCCUGACGGGUUUGAGAGGGCCGCGGAGGAAGACUGCGGGGGGAGUGCGGGGCGAGGAAACGCCAAAUACAUCGAUCUCAACCGGAGCUUCCCAGACCAGUUUGAUCCCUCCGGUGUCCCGGCGAGCGACGCACCCGAGGUUACAGCUGUCAUUAAAUGGAUUUUACAGAAAAAGUUUGUUCUGUCAGGUAACUUGCAUGGAGGUUCAGUCGUAGCCAGCUAUCCCUUUGAUGACUCCAAAUCCCAUGUCUGGUCAGGAAUAUACAGCAAGUCUCCUGACGAUGCCCUCUUCCAGUAUCUGGCAAGAACCUAUGCAGAAAACCACCCCAUUAUGAGAAAGGGCAAACCUCAGUGCCCUGAUGACCCAAAUGUGGAGUUCAAAGAUGGCAUUACAAAUGGAGCGAAGUGGUAUGAUGUGCAAGGAGGCAUGCAAGACUUCAAUUACCUUAAAGGAAACUGUUUUGAAGUCACUUUUGAACUGAGUUGCUGCAAGUACCCACUGGCUUCCGAGCUGCAUACUGAGUGGAAUAAUAACAGAGAAGCUCUAUUGGCAUAUAUGGAGAAGGUUCAUAUUGGGGUCAAAGGUUUUGUCAUGGACAAUUCAGGAAUGGGCCUACCAGAUGCAAACAUCUCUGUUGCUGGAAUAGAUCACAACAUCACAACCUGGAUAUUUGGAGAUUAUUUCCGCCUGCUGCUGCCAGGAACAUAUAACAUCACAGCUAGUUUUCCUGGGUCUAUUCCCAAGACUGUAAACAAUAUAAUAGUGACUGAAGGAAAAGCCACUUCAUUAAAUUUCACUUUAAAGCGUUCAAGUGAGGAUGUGCCAAUGUCGGAGCCACUGACCAGUCCUGUACCAACUACAGAAUACACUCUGACUGAUAAGAGCUUUGACAGCAAAGAGGCUUCCACUCCAGAGCCCUCAAUCCAGCCACAAGAGUUUCGGUAUCACAGUUAUUUAGACAUGGAGCUGUUCUUGCAGAAGAUAAAUGAGGCUCAUUUCACCAUCACCCAUCUAUACUCUGUGGGCCAGUCUGUGCAGGGUCGGGAGCUCUACGUCAUGGAAAUUUCCACUAAUGCUGGCAUUGAUGAGCCAGGCAAACCAGAGAUAAUGCUUGUGGGAAACCUAAACGGUCCUGAUUCUGUUGGUCGAGAAAUGCUCUUGAACUUGGUGGAGUACUUGUGCAGUAAUUAUGGCAGUGAUGCGUAUGUCACACGACUGGUUAACACCACAAGAGUGCACAUAAUGCCUUCCAUGAACCCUGAUGGUUAUGAAAUGACGAUAAAAGAUGUGACGUACAAGAACGGUCACAUCACAGAUUUGAGCAAUAACUUUCCUGACCAGUAUUCUGAAAAGGAUUUUGUACAACCAGAGACUGCAGCGGUGAUGGAUUGGAUCAAGGCUCACUCCUUUGUUCUGUCUUCUAGUGUCACUGGAGGAAUGAUUGGAGUGAAAUAUCCAGGUUCAGUUGAAUCCAUUGACAAGGCUCUGUUUAAAUCAGUUGCAGAAGCAUGUUUAGUGGAAUACUCAUCACUACAGACGUCUCAAGUCUGUGCAGUUCCAGGACCUUUAGCGACAAAUGUCAUUAAGCACUACAAUUCGGCAGGCUCAACAGCAGGGAUUGAUAUGCAGACGUGGGCGUAUUGGAACACAGACUCUCUGGGAUUUAGCAUUGGCCUGAGCUGUGAUCUCUCUCCACGAGCUGAAGACAUGCUGACCUACUGGAAAGAGAAUCACAGGGUUCUCCUACAGUUCAUCCAGCAGGUUCAUUUUUCUGUAAGGGGUAGAGUGACUGAUGUCCUGUCUGGUCAGGCUGUUUCUAAUGCUACUAUAGUGGCUGACGGCUCCAGGCACCAGGUGCACACAAGCAGCUCAGGACACUAUUGGAGGCUUCUGGCUCCAGGAACGUAUGAGCUUCAGGCUUCCGCCCCUGGAUAUACUGCAGUUUCAGUGUCAGUCACUGUAUCAGAGACUCGUGUGGAGCAGGUGGAUAUUGGGCUCACUCGAGAACACCCCCCUCAGCCUGAAGCCCAGCUGGAAGAGGAAGAGUUUCAAAGGAUGCUGGAGGACCUCUCUUCUGCUCAUGGCCUCGAGCAGCUUGUCCAGAGCCUUCUUCCAGCCGGGACUCUACAGUACAGAACCUACAGCGAACGCUCGGAAUUCCUGCAAGCACUUACCCUCAACUUUCCUCAUAUCACUCGCCUGUACAGUUUAGGUCACAGCUGGGAAUUCAGGACCAUCUGGGCUUUGGAGAUCUCGGGCAGUCCUGAGUCAUCUCGGCCCACGGAGCCCAAGAUGCGUUACGUGACUGGUGUCCAUGGUAACGCUGCGGUAGGGCCAGAGCUGCUGCUGGAGUUUGCGUCUGUUCUUUGCAUAAACUAUGGUGGGAAUCCUACCAUCACUAAGCUGAUUGACAGGAGCCGGAUCGUGAUUGUGCCUUGUGUGAAUCCAGAUGGGAGGGAGGUGGCUCAGGAGGGAAAGUGUUUCUCCACUGCAGGGUUUACUAAUGCACAUGGUAUGGAUCUAGAUGCAGACUUCCUGUACGGCAGUUUGUCUGUGCAGCCAGAGACACGUGCAAUGAUGGAUCUGAUUGAGGGUGGAGGCUUCUCUCUCUCUGUAAACCUGGAAGGAGGUUCUCUUCUGGUCACUUAUCCCUAUGACAAAACUACACAACCUGCUCAAAAUGAAGAGACACUGAAAUAUCUGGCUUCAGUGUAUGCAAACAAUCACCCUGCGAUGCACUAUGGGUUUCCUGGGUGCAGAUACGGACCAGCAAUAGUCCCAGGAGGGAUACUCAGAGGUGCAGAAUUCAGCAGUCACCCUGGUAGUAUGAAGGAUUUCUGCAUGGAUGUGGCUCUGUGUCCUGAGAUCACUGUGUACACUGGCUGCUGCCUGUACCCACCUGCUCAGCAGCUGUUCUCACUCUGGGAAGAGCACAGGAUGGCUCUGUUUGCCAUGUUGCUGGAGAUGCAUAAAGGUGUGAGCGGUGUGGUGAGAAACAGAAAGGGCCAGCCUGUGUCCAACGCACUGAUCAGUGUAAAUGGCUCUGUGUUUGUGCACACAGACACUUCGGGCCAUUUCCACACACUGCUGCCUCCAGGUACUCACCAGCUGCUGGUCCAUGCUCAGGGCUUCCAGCAACAGCUCAGACAGGUGCAAGUGUCAUCACAUCAAAGGGCGAGUCCUCUUGUGAUCGAGUUCACUGAGAACAGUUCUCAUUUCGGCCAAGGAGUGGUGCUGGCUGCUGCUAUCUCCAUACCGACUGUCCUGCUUAUCUCCCUGCUUAUCUGGCAUUUACGCUCAGCUAAGUUCAGCCGACUCAGAGAUGGCAUGCGCUGGUUGCGAGGCCAAAGAGAUGACCUUCAGAUGGAGGCCAUUAUGUCGGAGAAGUCGCCCCUGCGGCGUGUGUUUCUAGAGGAGAGCGAGAUGUGCAGGGAAGAGCAGAGCAGGGCUGGGCUGCUGGGACAGUGGAGAACAGCUCAGUAAUGCAGGAAGUCCCAGUAGUGCUCACUUCCAGACUGCCCACAUAGACGCUAGAGAAAAAUCAAGAGUCUUUAUGGACAUUGGUGGCUCAAAGGCUUUGUGGUUUUGAAUAACAGAAGAUCUGCUGUGAAAUUUUGCCCCGUCAUGAAGAAUGUUUGGUGGUGUCUACAAAAUA